GUGCGCGCACCCGCACCAUUUUCACGUGAGCACGCUUGCUGCCAGGCCUGGGACAGGGACCUGGGGACACGCCCGGCUCCUCUGUAUCAUCAGUUGUUUGAGUUCUUUCUGCCUCCACAUUCCUGCCCACCGCACCUCCAAGGACUGAGCGCUCGCCACCUACUCAGAAGGGCUGGCUUAGCUGGACGUGGCGGCGCAAGCCUGUAAUCCCAGCACUGGGGAGGCUGAGACUAAAGAACCUGGAGCUGGCUGCUGUGGGAGGAUCAGACGUCCGUGUGAGGAUGCUGGCGGCCCCUAUCAAUCCAUCCGACAUAAAUAUGAUCCAAGGGAACUACGGCCUCCUUCCCAAGCUGCCUGCUGUCGGAGGGAAUGAAGGUGUUGGAGAGGUGAUCGAGGUGGGCAGCAGUGUGACUGGCUUAAAGCCAGGAGACUGGGUGAUCCCAGCAAAUGCGGGUUUGGGUACCUGGCGGACCGAGGCUGUGUUCAGCGGGGAAGCACUGAUCAGAGUUCCUGGUGACAUUCCUCUUCAGAGUGCUGCCACCCUGGGGGUCAACCCCUGCACGGCCUACAGGAUGUUGAUGGACUUCGAGCAGCUGCAGCCAGGGGACUCUGUCAUCCAGAAUGCAUCCAACAGUGGAGUGGGGCAAGCAGUCAUCCAGAUCGCCGCUGCCCUGGGCCUGAGGACCAUCAACGUGGUCCGAGACAGACCUGACAUCCAGAAGCUAACUGAUAGACUAAAGAAUUUGGGGGCCGAGCAUGUUGUCACAGAAGAGGAGCUAAGACUACCUGAAACGAAAAACAUCUUCCAGGACAUGCCUCAACCUCGGCUUGCUCUCAACUGUGUUGGCGGGAAAAGCUCCACAGAGCUGCUGCGGCACUUAGCGCCUGGAGGAACCAUGGUGACCUAUGGAGGAAUGGCCAAGCAGCCUGUCAUAGCCUCUGUGAGCCUGCUCAUUUUUAAGGACCUCAAACUUCGGGGCUUUUGGUUAUCCCAGUGGAAGAAAAAACACAGUCCAGAUGAGUUCAAGGAGCUGAUCUUCACACUGUGUGAGCUCAUCCGCCAAGGCCAGCUCACCGCCCCUUCCUGCUCUGAGAUCCCACUGCAGGACUACCAGCAGGCCUUGGAAGCCUCCAUGAAGCCUUUCGUGUCUUCGAAGCAGAUUCUCACCAUGUGAUCAUUCCAGAGGAGUGGAAGGAAACCAGUACCAUGAGGCUGGCCACAGACCCCUCUUUGAGGGCCCCAGACUGUUUCUGCUCUUGGUUCUUCCCAUCAGGAGGAUGGGAAGCCAGCCUUAGGGUUUCUAAUAAAGUCUGAACUUCCUGAAUAAAGAACAGAGAAUAGAAGUCAUCCCUGAAGAGGACCACUGCUCCUGCUGGUUUGCACUAAGAAGCUCCCCGCCUGCCUCUCUUCCCUGCACUGUUGAUUCCUGACCACUCUGCAAGCAGGCCUCAGUGGGUGCUGGCAAGUGCAAAAGCUGGGACCUCUGCCCUCCACAGCACAAGCCCAAAGAGGAGAGUCUUACGAAAAGAGAGUUGGCUCUCUUCUCAGGUAGUGUGUGGCUUUGUCCAGGGUUGGGGGGUCCACUGCCAGGAAUGGGAGUGCCAGUCUGAGAUCAUUAAAAUUAGAGGAAAUAA